CUCAGAGAGUGAGAGUGAGUGAUAGUGAAAGGAGAGGUAGCUGCGCUCGGUUAGACUGUGCUUGGGCUGCCCGUCGUCCUGCUGCCCCGGCUCGGUUCGGCUCCGUCGCCAUGGCUGACGUGAUCCAUCCCAACGAAUCCUCUUCGGCGGACGUGGCGAACCGCUUUGCGAGGAAAGGCGCUUUGAAGCAGAAGAACGUCCACGAAGUGAAGAACCACAAAUUCAUCGCGCGCUUCUUCAAGCAGCCCACCUUCUGCAGCCACUGCACCGACUUCAUCUGGGGAUUUGGAAAGCAAGGAUUCCAGUGCCAAGUUUGCUGCUUUGUGGUGCACAAGCGGUGCCAUGAAUUCGUCACAUUCUCCUGUCCAGGAGCGGACAAGGGUCCCGACACCGACGACCCCAGGAGCAAACACAAGUUUAAAAUCCACACGUACGGCAGCCCGACGUUCUGUGACCACUGCGGCUCGCUGCUCUAUGGGCUUCUCCAUCAGGGCAUGAAGUGUGACACCUGCGACAUGAAUGUGCACAAGCAGUGCGUGAUGAAUGUGCCCAGCCUGUGCGGGACUGACCACACGGAGCGCAGGGGGCGACUCUACCUGAAGAUCGAAGUCACGGUGGACAAGCUGCACGUCACCGGUAAGCUCGCAGUCUGCGGCCUUGCCGCCCUUAUAAGCGCAUCCUAAUGUGCUGCUUGGCUCAGUCGCGCACUCCGCGCACCUGGCAGGGGAUGAUCGAAAUCAGGGGGUGGGGGGCG